UAACUUUUGAAAUUUCAACUUUCGAUUUUGUAUCAUAACAUUAAUGAUUAAUCACACUUAAUAUUUGACUGAAUUUUUUUAUUUUUUAGGUUUUAUGUUAAAUAACCUUAUUGUUUAAUGGUUGAAUGCGGUGCCGUGUAUCUGAAACAAAUAAACUAUGGAUCCGUAUGAGAUAGAGUUUAUAGGUGAAAACAGAAUAGCUAGUAUAAUACCAAAUUUUUCUUAUGACAAAAUCUACUUAAUUUGUGGUGAAUUUGGACCUUUUCGUGCUGGGUUACCAAUGAACGUUCCAUUGUGGUUAGCGGUUAUGUUAAAACAAAAACAAAAGUGUCGAAUUGUGCCCCCAGAUUGGAUGGAAAUUGAUAAUUUGGAAAAUAUCAAAGAAGAAGAAAAAAGAUCCAGAUUUUUUACAAAAAUGCCCCAUGAACAUUAUAUGGUAGAAGCAAAACUGAUAUUAGGCGCUGCAUCUGAAGAUAUACCAAAUGCAUCUGAAAUUAAAACAAUUAUCAAAGACAUAUGGGAUAUAAGGAUGUCCAAACUACGGACUUCUAUGGAUGCUUUAAUGAAGUCUGGUGGUUCUUAUGGUAGACUGGAUCAUUUAACAAUGAUGGAAAUCAAUUCUGUUAAACCACUGCUGCCUUCAGCUAUGAAUGAAUUACUGAAGAUUCAAAUGACUUCUAAGAAGUCAACAUCAUCAACACUGAAUAGCUCUACAUUCAGCCAGUCGGGAACUUCACAAAAUAUGUGAAAAUAUACUGUGAUUGGGAAGUGCAUAAUAUGUGCUGAAUUGAUAUGUGUGUGUUCCUUUGAUAAUAUGUCAAUGUUAGAACCAAUUUUACUGUAGUCUUUUUUACCAUCUAUAUUUUUUAAAUAAAUUGUACACCAUU